CAGCGCGGGAGCCGCCAUGGAGCCGCUCCGGCCUUGGCUCGUCCCGUUCCUGCUGCCCGAGCACUGCUUCGACCAAUUCUUCCUGCGCUUUCAGCUCCUCGAUGUUCCGUGCUUGAAAAUCCUCCUGAGCAAAGUUCUGGGCUACGGGAUCGUGGCGGGAUCCGUCCUGGUGAAGGUGCCCCAGCUGCUGAAGGUUUGGGGGUCCCGCAGUGGGGGGGGGCUCAGCCUCCCCUCGGUGCUGCUGGAGCUGCUGGCCCUGGGGGGGUCGGUGGGGUACGGCUGCGCCAGGAGCUUCCCCUUCAGCCGCCUGGGGGAGUCGCUCUUCCUCCUCCUGCAGACCCUCACCCUCCUCUUCCUCAUCCUGCACUUCGGGGGCCGCACGGGCCGAGGGCUGGCGCUGGUGGCCGUUUUUGGGGCCUUUUUGGGGCUUUUGGUGUCUCCGCUGACCCCGCUGAGCUUCGUCACCGCCCUGCAGGCCCUGAACCUGCCCAUCAUCAUCCUCAGCAGGCUGAUCCAGAUCGUCACCAACGCCCGGCAGGGCCACACGGGGCAGCUCUCGGGGGUCUCCACGGGGCUCCUUUUUGGGGGGGCCCUGGCCCGAAUCUUCACCUCCCUCACGGAAACCGGGGAUCUCCUUUUGGCCUCGACCUUCGCGGCCUCGGCCACCUGCAACGGGGUCCUGCUGGCCCAGGUGCUGCUUUUGGGGGGCUCCCGGGACCCCCACCCCAAAAAGGAGUGACCCCAAAAUCCCCGGCACCCCAAAAAAACCCCAAAAUCGCCCCAAAAUCGGGAUUUUUUGGGGGGGCUUUACAGGGGAUUUUGGGGUUGUUCCGAGGCUCUGGGAGCCCCAAAAUCUCACCUGGAAUCACAGCAAAGAGCGAUGGGAUCCCCAAAACCGCCCUGGGACCCCUCAAAACUCACCCGGGACCCCAAAAUCAUCCGGGGAGCCCAAAACCACCCCAAAUUUGAGAGUUUUUUUUCUUUUAGGAUAAAAAGAGGAUUUUGGGGCAGUUCCCACGCUCUGGGACCCUCAAAAUCUCACCUGGGAUGAUCCCAAAUUUUUAUGGGAACCCCAAAAAACCUUCCCAGGAUCCCCCAAAACCUCAGGGACCCCAAAAUUCCCCCCCCGGGACCCCCAAAAAUCCCCUCGGACCAAGGUGGGGGAGGGGCUGCCUCCCCCCAAUAUGGGAAAUGGGCGUGGCCAGAGCGCCCCUCCCUCUGCCCCUCAAAUAAAUUUGGGUCCCCCCAUUCCAGGGGAGUGUCCCCCCCCCCUUUUC